AUGGCUGAACCUCGGGUUUUGAUUUUGGGGCACUCCUUCAUCAGGCGUUUGCAUGAGUUGGUACGUCUGCCUACAAACGCUUUACGGGGGGAUUUUGACAUCACCACCCCUAUGAACCUGUGCUGGCAUGGAGUAGGGGGACGAACUGUGGCCAAAGUCAUACGCUACGAUUUGGAGAUAGUCCGACAAUUUUCGCCUGACAUUGUUAUUCUACAGUUGGGUACAUAGGUAUCUAUAGUUAAUUGAAAUUAACUAUAGAUACCUCAAUUAUUAAAUUUUGGAUUCAUUUACAAAAUAUGCCAGAUAAAAACAUAGCAAAACAAUGUCUACAACUCUCCCAGGAAAUGGCCGAUAACAACCAGCCAGGUUUGAUGCAGAAAAUAAAAACUAUAUGUAGCAAGUACAACGCAACCGCCAUAACAUUGAAUGAAAACAACGAAAAAGUCUUCACCUCUUACAUCAAGCAAAACAUCAAUAAUGCUCUAACUGAGCAUCAACUUACCCUCCUUAAAACAAAUAGAAAAUUGAAUUUUUAUACUACCUUUAAGAACGAUAAUAAAAAAGCAGAAUUCUUAAAUAUGAUUAAAAACCCACUUCACAAAACAGCACUCAAUAAAUUUCGACUAGGAAAUCAUCGAUUACAUAUUGAAACAGGCAGACACACAGUACCUAAAACUCCCGAAAAUUUAAGAAUAUGUUAUCUAUGUCAGACAAAUGAAGUUGAAAAUGAACUUCAUUUUCUAUUCUUCUGCAAACUUUAUGACAAUUUACGUUCAAAAUUCUUCAGUGAAAUAUCUGAUAGAUAUACACUUUUCAAGGACUUAGAUGUGACUUCAAAACUUUUAUUUCUCUUUAAUAGUAUAGAUCCCUCUGUUUGUAGAUCAAUUGCUGCUUUUGUUUUUGAAUGUAUGCGUUACAGACAUGAUAUGUUAUUUCAGAAAAGAAUAUAAUCUUUUUAUUUUGCCAUAUAUUUAUAAAUGAUAUAUUUGUACUUUAUUCAUAAAUAUUAGAUAGGUAAUGCCAUGUAUAGAUAUGGAAAUACCUUAAUAAAUUGUUGUUGUUGUUGUUGGGUACGAACGAUAUCAGUGAUCGUUCAAUCCGUUCUGCUCUAACUGUCGGUUCACAGUUAGAGGACCUAACAAAGCUAUUACAUGAACAAUUCGGCGUAACCGUGGUUUGCGUGUGCCAAACUAUACUAAGAGAGAACGCGCACUUAAACGUACGCAUUCGCACGUUGACGGAUUAUUUACGCGUUGUCCUACAGCCCCGGCCUUCCAUUUGCAUUUUACUGGAGACACAGGGGAUUUUGGAGGACAACACAGUCAUUCUUAUUGCACGAUGGAGUUCAUCUGAACCAACGUGGACAGUUUAA